AUGUCGUCCACGGCUCCUAAGAAGCUUCCCUUCUGGGCCCUCUUGCAAGAUCAAAGCGAUAUCGACAGUCAAGCCCGCCUCAACCAGGCCGGUCGCUAUGACCUCAAAGAAUAUGAGAAGAAGUGGGUUGCCCGGCAGCCCGCCCUUGACGCACGCAGGUACUCGCUAAGAGCGCGCUACGUCCCCGGGUGGCAGCCAUCGUGGUUAGGCACCAACAGACGAGCCCUGUAUUGUGAGGACUCAAUUGCACGAUACGGUGGUCAGAUACCCAGCGUCAUAGACGCGACUCGACAAGGAAAUGGUCAGCUGGUCGCCAUCAAGACUGUCGAGUCGUCUCUAGAGCUCAAAAUAGCGCAGUUCGUUUCAUCGCUGCCAGGUUCCACAAACCACUGCGUGUCUGUGAUAGACGUCUUUCCGGACACUCUGGAUCCUGGCAUUACCUUGAUGGUCAUGUCCUACCUACGACCGUACAACAACCCACCCUUGGCGACCAUUGGGAACUUCUCACUUUCAUCGACCAAACUCUUGAGCACUCACCUUCAAUAUGACAGAGAUGUUGCACCCUCGAACAUCAUGAUGGAUGCUCGUGCAAUCUUCCCAGACGGCCACCAUCCUGUCCGACUGCUAUCGACACCCGACGCAAUGUACGACGCCAAAUAUCAUUCGCGAACGGGUAGCGCUGUACGCUACAUGUACAUCGACUUCGACUGCGCGGCCAUGUUUGACGAAGGCGAGUCUCCGAUGGUGCUCGGUGACAUAGGUCGCGAUAGAGAGGUGCCCGAACUCUCCGAAACGGUGCCGUACAACGCCUUCAAGGUCGAUAUCUUCGCUCUCGGGAACCUGUAUCUCAAGGAGUUCUUCUUGACGCACAAACAUAUGGAAUUUCUCCAGCCAAUGAUCGAUCACAUGAAACAGCAAGAUGCGCAGGCGCGACCCUCCGUAGAAGAAGUCAUACGGGAGUGGCAGGAGAUUCGCGACAAAAACAAGAACAGGGCGUCAUGGCGUCUAGCUCUCAAGACUGAGACGUCUGUCUCGCGGUUGGUGGAAGGCAUCCAGAACGUCACUAUGAACGGCUUGGAGAGCGUUUUGACCUAUAUAUUAUAG